GGCUGCCCACUGGGCAUCGUGGAUCCACGAGGCAGUGGACCAGGUAAAGGGUUGCAGCAUUAGGAAGGUUGAGAGCCGCCGGCCUGGAGUCUGAGGUGGUCAUGUCUCAUGGUUGAGGACAUCUGCCACGGCCUCCUCUCAUACUGGCAGCUGAUACUACCCAGGGGUCUGGAGCAGGAGCUGACAAGCCAAGGGUCUAGGAGUGCUGGGGACUGGACCAGGGUCAUGGCUCCACCACCACUACUGCCAACGGCUGCCAAUACUCCAAUCCUGCAUGGCGAGUUUGGCUCCUACCCGCCCCAUGGCCCACGGUUUGCCCUCACCCUCACGACGCAGGCUCUGCACAUCCAGCGGCUACGUCCAAAACCAGAAGCCCGGCCCCGAGAUGGCCUCGUUCCUCUGGAUGAGGUCUCAGGCUGUGGCACUCUGCAGAGCCGAAGCCCCUCAGACACUGCAGCCUACUUUUGUGUCUACACCUACCCACGGGGUCGCCGUGGAGGCCGGCGCAGAGCCACUCGCACCUUCCGGGUUGAUGGAGCAGCCACUUACGAGGAGAAUCGUGCAGAGGCCCAGCGUUGGGCAACUGCCCUCAUGUGUCUCCUCCGAGGAGUGCCUCUGUCUGGGGACCAGGAAAUCACCCCUGAACUGCUGCCCCGAAAGCCCAGGUUGCUCAUAUUGGUCAAUCCUUUUGGGGGGCGGGGCCUGGCCUGGCAGCGCUGUAUGGAACAUGUGGUGCCCAUAAUCUCCGAAGCUGGGCUGUCCUUCAACCUCAUACAGACAGAACGACAGAACCAUGCCCGUGAGCUGGUGCAGGGGUUGGACCUGAAAGAGUGGGAAGGCAUUGUCACCGUCUCGGGAGACGGGCUGCUUUAUGAGGUGCUGAACGGACUCCUUGAUCGCCCAGAUUGGGAAGAUGCUGUGCGGAUGCCCAUUGGGGUUCUCCCUUGUGGUUCUGGCAAUGCACUAGCUGGGGCAGUUAACCAUCAUGGCGGCUUUGAACCAGCUGUUGGUGUCGACCUGUUGCUCAACUGCUCGCUUCUUCUCUGCCGGGGUGGCAGCCAGCCUCUGGACCUGCUCUCCGUGACACUAGCCUCAGGAUCCCGCUGUUUCUCCUUCCUGUCGGUGGCCUGGGGGUUCCUGUCAGAUGUGGACAUUCACAGCGAGCGCUUCAGGGCCCUGGGCAGCGCUCGAUUCACAGUGGGCGCAGUGCUAGGCCUGGCCACGUUGCAUACCUACCGUGGGCGCCUUUCCUACCUUCCCGCUACCACGGAACCAGCCUUGCCCAUCCCAGGCCACAGCCUGCCCCGAGCCAAGUCAGAACUAGCCUUGGCCCCAGCCCCAGCCCCAGCCCCCACCCACUCGCCUCUACAUCGUUCUGUGUCCGAUCUGCCCCUGCCCCAGCCUCCCUUGGCCUCCCCUGGCUCCCCUGAGCCCCUACCUGGGCUGUCCCUCAAUGGUGGUGGUCCAGAGCUGACUGGAGACUGGGGGGGAGCUGGAGAUGCACCUCUGUCUCCAGACCUACUGAUGCCCUCAUCCCCCAACUCUCCCAAAACCGCUCAGCUGUCGCCCAUUGCUGAAGGGUCCCCUGAAAUGCCAGCGUCCUCGGGAUUCCCGCCUCCACCACUCAGUGCGCCACAAGCUUCCACCUGGGGUCCAGUUGAUCACCUGCUCCCUCCCCUGGGCUCUCCCCUGCCCCAAGACUGGGUGACGGUAGAGGGGGAGUUUGUUCUCCUGCUGGCCAUCCUGCCGAGCCACCUGUGCGCGGAUCUGGUGGCAGCCCCGCACGCGCGCUUUGAUGACGGCGUGGUGCACCUGUGCUGGGUGCGCAGCGGCAUCUCCAGGGCAGCACUGCUACGUAUUUUGCUGGCCAUGGAGCACGGAAACCAUUUCAGCCUGGGCUGCCCACACCUGGGCUACGCUGCAGCUCGUGCCUUCCGCCUCGAGCCACUCACGCCUCGCGGCGUGCUCACCGUGGACGGGGAGUUAGUGGAGUAUGGGCCAGUGCAGGCGCAGGUGCACCCCAGUCUCGCCACACUGCUCACGGGGCCUGCGGGCCAAAAGCGGCGAACCUGAGGGAGCUUGAAGCAUGCGGAGGUGGUGACAGGCUAGAGUCUAUCUUGUAUAUGUAGGGCAGGGCUCUGACUCAGAACCGUAAGGGUGGAGAUUGGUCCUGGUCCAAUUCCCAGAAGACUUAGCGACUUGAGGGUGGGGCCUGCCUUCCUUGAUGACCAAUGAUGGCCCUGGAAUGUAUGACCUUAGCAAGGCUUCGGCCCAUUGGCCAGCCAGGGUCACUUCUUGCCUACUCCGGUGCCUCAACUUGACUGGUCAAUUAGCCCUCGAGGGGCAGGUUCCCCAAGGCGGUCCCCAGAUUUGCACUAAUGUUCCUCCCCUUGCCGGUGGGGAGAUUCACUUUCCAUGUUCUGUGUCUCAAGCGUCCCUAGUCUAAAAAGCAAUUGAAAAGGUCUAUGCAAUAAAGGCAUCGCUUUCCUCUA